UUUUUCAGAUGGAUUUUAACCCGUUUGGGAUACUAUCCGCUCGUUCUCGUCCGUUCCGCACUGUUUGAGGCAGCCGAUUUGAUCCAACCUGAUUAUGAGCUGUUGGAUCUAACUCAGGUCCCCUACGCUCCACGCCUCAUCAUUCUCAUGCUCUUCGCUCUGCUUGUUCUUCAUAUAUUUUGGACCAUCAUCAUUCUGAAAAUUGUCGUAAAAACCAUUACUCAAGGAGAAGCGGGUGACGUUCGCUCAGAUUCUGAACUUUCGGACAAGGAGGAUACUGAGAAGCUAAUUAAGCAAAAUGGAAAGAAAAUGACGCACAAGCGAAGAGCGUCGAAAAAAAGUUCUGAAGAGGACGAGAGCGACAGUGAACGAGAACCUUUGGCUAACGGUCUCAAGUAUAGACGCCCACGUAGAGAGUGA